AUGCCUGGUCAGAAGGUCCUGUUGUUCCUUCAGAGUCUGUCACGUAGGAAACCACUGGAGCCUGAAGGUGAAGUGUCCAACUUUUGCCGCUGCUUGGGCACCCUGGACCUGGUGGCCCUGGGGGUGGGCAGCACGCUGGGGGCCGGUGUUUACGUGCUGUCAGGAGAGGUGGCCAGGACCGUGGCCGGACCCAGCAUCAUUAUCUCCUUCCUCAUUGCUGCUGUGGCCUCCAUCUUUGCAGGAUUGUGUUAUGCUGAAUUUGGAGCUCGUGUUCCCAAAACGGGCUCUGCCUAUCUCUACAGCUAUGUGACUGUGGGGGAGAUAUGGGCUUUUAUCACUGGCUGGAACCUGUUGCUGUCUUAUGUCAUAGGGACAUCAAGCGUAGCCAGAGCAUGGAGUGGGACUUUUGAUGACCUCAUUGGAAACGUCAUCGCCAACCUUUUGAACAAACAGGCUGCAAUGAAUUUACCUGGACUAGCUCCCUACCCAGACUUCUUUGCAGCUGGGCUCAUAAUGAUCUUGGCAUGCAUUCUUGCAUUUGGUGUGAAAGAAUCAGUUGUUGUAAAUAAGAUUUUUACUGCCAUUAAUAUCCUAGUGCUGCUGUUUGUUAUCCUUUCUGGUGCCAUAAAGGGGGACAUCAACAACUGGUACAUUGAUGAUGAUACUCUUCUAAAGGGAUAUGACAACUACACAUUCCUGAAUGAAACCAGCAGAUACGGCAGUGGGGGAUUUUUCCCUUUUGGCUUUGGGGGAACAUUAUCAGGAGCAGCCACAUGUUUUUAUGCAUUUGUUGGCUUUGACUGCAUCGCUACAACAGGAGAGGAGGUUCGGAAUCCUCAGAAGUCGAUCCCAGUGGGAAUAAUAGCGUCUCUCCUCAUCUGCUUCCUGGCUUAUUUUGGUGUGUCUGCUGCCUUGACUCUUAUGAUGCCAUACUGUUUACUCAGCAUUCACAGCCCGCUGCCUGUGGCAUUCACAUAUAUCGGCUGGGGCCCUGCAAAGUAUGUAGUGGCCGUUGGAUCCCUCUGUGCUCUGUCAACAAGCCUACUAGGAUCAAUGUUCCCGAUGCCUCGUGUUCUCUUUGCCAUGGCCAGGGAUGGACUUCUCUUUAGACCUCUGAGUAAAAUGAGUGACAGACAAAGUCCUGUCAUAGCUACUCUGGUUUCAGGGACUGCAGCAGCUAUUAUGGCAUUAUUGUUUGACCUGAAGGCACUGGUUGAUAUGAUGUCUAUUGGAACCCUCUUUGCCUACACACUUGUUGCUAUAUGCAUUCUCAUUUUAAGAUAUCAAGCUGACCUCUGUGAGGAUUCAAGUUUAGGCAAAGCAGAGCCUUUCACGUUGGGUGGCAUGUUUUGUCCACCUUCCCAAGCAACAACACGGACAUCAAAAAAUGUGUCUAAUUUAACCAUUUUUAUUGUCUUUUUAGCUAUCACCCUAAGCCUCUUCAUAUCGAAAGCUGUAAACUCCUUGCAAGCUCUUCAGUGGUGGAGUUUAUUUUGUGUCUCUGUACUUGCACUGAUGCGGAUUUUUACUGUCAUCAUCAUCCGGAGACAACCACAGAAUAUGACCAAAGCUGCUUUCAUGGUGCCUUUGGUGCCAUUGCUGCCCUCUUUUAGCACCUUUGUGAAUGUCUAUCUUAUGGUUCAGCUCGGAUCAGACACCUGGAUCCGCUAUGCAGUGUGGAUGGGGUUAGGUUUAGUCAUCUACUUUUGUUAUGGUGUACACCACAGCGUGCAAAAACAAAGGCUUGACAAUUCACAAAACCGAGUCCGUUUUCAAAGCAUCACUACCACUAUAGGACAGAGCAUUCGACCUGGACAAGAUUUUGAUGGAUAGAUCAUGUACAUAAGUGACACUAAUUGUGUUAUGAAUUCAAUGCAUUUAAUUGUGUUUUCCAUUAAAUGACAUUUUUGGGCAUACUCUUCAUUAUUUACUUCUUAUUCAAUGUUUUUCCAUUUUCAUUGCUGAUGACAGAAGACAUGCCACAGUUGUUUAAAAAGAAAAGAUUUGGCUCAGGUUCCCUGUAUUCACAUUCUUCACUCAUAUUACAGCCAGUUACUUUGA